UAACCUGUCUAACAUUAUAGCCAUGCGCUGCUUAGCUCUGAUCGCUCUUUGUCUAUUCUCACUCUUGGCUUUGGUUGCUGGCCAAUUUUGCCCAUGUCCUCGCAAUUAUGAUCCUGUCUGCGGAUCCGACUCCAAGACCUACAGCAAUGAGUGUGAUCUAAACUGCGCAUCGAAAAGCAGGGGAGGCUCGAUAACUUUGGUCAAAACGGGAUCGUGCUAACAACAGGAAUAUGGAAAUCAAACUGGCUAUAGUCUAUAUCUGUAUGAUCAAAAGUGAUAAAUAAAUACGUGUCCUAAAAUAUUAA